AUGUCCGCCACUGUUCCUGUUUGUUACUCAGACGUCGGUAAAUCUGCUAGUGAUCUGCUCGGCAAGGAUUAUCCAGUUGGUACAAUUAAAUUCGAAUCCAAGACCAAUGCCCCUAAUGGUGUGUCUUUUAUCCUUUCUGGUCAAAAAGACUUGAAGUCUGGGAACAUCAAUGGAGAGUUCAAAAGCAAAUACAAUUACCCCAAAAAAGGCUUUCUGUUCACUGGAACUUGGACGACAAACAAUUACUUAAACACCCAAGUUGAACUUGACAAUAAUCUUGCAAAAGGGUUAAAAUUGGACUUGAGCACAAAUCUCCAACUGAAUACCGGCAAUAAGAGUGUUAAAGGAGGUUUGAUUUUCAAACAACCGGGUUUCCACACUAGACUUUAUGCUGACCUUCUUGAGGGACCGGUGUUCCAAGGAGACGUUGUAAUCGGUCAUGAAGGUUUUCUUAUAGGCGGAGAAGCAAUUUACAAUGUCUCCGAUGGUAACGUUACUCGUUACGGUGUGUCUACUGGGUACACUGCUCCUGAAUACAACAUCACCCUCAAAGCUACCAAUUCCAUGGCAGCCUAUGAGCUUCUAUAUUAUCAUCGUGUGCAACCUAACAUUGAAGCCGGAGCGAAAGCACGUUGGGACACUACUUCAAGUGAUAAUAAUAUUAGUAUGGAAGUCGGUACCAAAUAUUUCUUGGACCGUGAUACGUUUGUUAAGGCAAAAAUUGAUAACUUUGGUCGUUUGGGUCUUGGAUAUACGCAAGCUCUUCGCCCUGGUGUCAAGAUUUCUAUCGGAGGCAGUUUCGAAACAUCAAAAUUGAGUUCGAAUUCACAUCGAAUUGGUGUUUCUUUCAAUUUAGAAUCAUAA